CGCCGCCUGGCCGCGCAAGUGCGCGGAAGACGCAUGCGCUGGCGGCCUGCGCCGCCUUAAGUGCCGCGCCAGCCCGGGGCGGCCCAGUCGGCCUGUCAGCCGGCUUCGAGGUAAGUCCCGGAGCUUGCGCGGCGGCGGCUAUGGCGGCGGAGGAGGAGGAGGUGGACUCUGCCGACACCGAAGAGAGGUCAGGAUGGCUAACUGGUUGGCUCCCCACAUGGUGCCCUACGUCUACAUCACACCUUAAAGAAGCUGAAGAGAAGAUGUUAAAAUGUGUGCCUUGCACAUACAAAAAAGAACCUAUUCGUAUAUCUAAUGGAAAUAAAAUAUGGACACUGAAGUUCUCUCAUAAUAUUUCAAAUAAGACUCCACUUGUCCUUCUCCAUGGUUUUGGAGGAGGUCUUGGCCUCUGGGCACUGAAUUUUGGAGAUCUUUGCACCAACAGACCUGUCUAUGCUUUUGACUUAUUGGGUUUUGGACGAAGUAGUAGACCCAGGUUUGACAGUGAUGCAGAAGAAGUGGAGAAUCAGUUUGUGGAAUCCAUUGAAGAGUGGAGAUGUGCCCUAGGAUUGGAGAAAAUGAUCUUGCUUGGGCACAACCUAGGUGGAUUCUUGGCUGCUGCUUACUCGCUGAAGUACCCAUCAAGGGUUAAUCAUCUCAUUUUAGUGGAGCCUUGGGGUUUCCCUGAACGACCAGACCUUGCUGAUCAAGACAGACCAAUUCCAGUUUGGAUCAGAGCCUUGGGAGCAGCAUUGACUCCCUUUAACCCUUUAGCUGGCCUAAGGAUUGCAGGACCCUUUGGUUUAAGUCUAGUGCAGCGUUUAAGGCCGGAUUUCAAACGAAAGUAUUCUUCAAUGUUCGAAGACGAUACUGUGACAGAAUACAUCUACCACUGUAAUGUGCAGACUCCAAGUGGUGAGACAGCUUUCAAGAAUAUGACUAUUCCUUAUGGAUGGGCAAAAAGGCCAAUGCUCCAGCGAAUUGGUAAAAUGCACCCUGACAUUCCAGUUUCAGUGAUCUUUGGCGCCCGAUCCUGCAUAGAUGGCAAUUCUGGCACCAGCAUCCAGUCCUUACGACCACAUUCAUAUGUGAAGACAAUAGCUAUUCUUGGGGCAGGACAUUAUGUAUAUGCAGAUCAACCAGAAGAAUUCAACCAGAAAGUAAAGGAGAUCUGCGACAUUGUGGACUGAACACACUGAAGCUCUGAUGGGAAAACCUGGUGACUGAUAUAGUUGUUCAGCAAUAAUUCAUAGUCUGUGAUGAAGAGUAGUGAAUACAACACACAACCAGGCAGCCUUCUUGACUAUACUUUGCACAUGUUUUCUUUAGGAAUUCACUCGCACAUUUAAACCAGUUAGUGCCUUCUAGAAGAAUGGCUUUCCUUUCUCCUACACAAAAUUGAAAUAUACAAGUCUCUAAAUUUGAUACCUUUAAAUAAAAGGUUAUUUGUCCCUCUGAUGUACUGAAAAACUGUAAUUUUUCAGCUGAAAAUUUUUUAAUCUAACUUUGCUAGUUAUUUUUAUAUUGCAAUCUAUAUUACCAAUUUAGGAAGUGAUUUCUGAGUCUCUUACACUGUAAAGGUGCACUUUAUUUUCUUUGUCUUCCCUGUCAUGUAUUUAUUGUGUCUUGAUAACUGAUAUUAAUCUAAAUUCAAUGUGUUUUUAUGUAAAAAUUUGUCAGUUGUUUAAAAUAUUUCACUUUGUUUUUGAAACGGAGUGACAAGGCAGAUUUUUGGUUAGAGGACGGGAGUUGAUCACUAUCAUUACUUUUUCUAGUUUACCUGUUUUUUAUAUUUAAGGCUGCUAAGCCAUGUUCAGCAUUUUAAAUGUGGUCUAUCCUGACAUACACAGUGUAUAACAACAUAACUCCUUGGAACCUCCUAUGUGUGGUAUAAUUCUACUCUUCCAAGGAACAUGACUUCAAUACUUUCAGUGAUUCAGGUACUGAAAAGCCUUAGCUAAAAGGCUGUUCUUUGUUUCCCCCUUUCAUACUAUUCUUUUCCAUGACCCAGGAUGCAGCAAAUGAAACAGAUAUCUUCUCUUAAGGGGAUAUUAAGACUGUUACUUCCUAGUAAGCCAAGUAAUACCAUAUUUUUAUUAACAUCUAACUUUUGUAGAUGGGUGCUAAAAUUGCAUACAUUUUAACCACUAAAAUAGAAAAACAAGUGGUGCUAUUAUGUCUCAUGGCACCAGAAAUGAGCUAGCACUUGGGUUUGUUGUUGUUGUUGUUUAUUAAGAGUAUUGUGUUAAUUAAAUCGUUACAUACUUGAAGUUAUAUUACAAAAAUUCUAGAAGGUUGAUUGAACUAUUUUUUUAGGAACUACCAUCAAGUGUAGCAUUUUCUUGCAGUUUUAAAAUGAGGAAAACUUCUUUGAAACUGUGAAAUGCUCCAUGUGGUAACUGGCUGCUGAGAAAACCGUCACCAAAAAAAUAAAUAAAAAUUAAAUAGGAUUGUCAUCAAGAAGGCAUCUUUCGCUAACGUUGCUUGUCUAGGAGAAAGGUAGCUAUGUAAAUAAAAACAGUGAACUAGAGCAAAUAGUGGUUUAAUGGUUUUGUUAUUGCAUUUCUAAAAUGGUUAAUUAGGGAAUUUGUAGUUGUUAGGAGAUGUAAGGUUGUGUCACUGUUGAUUAACUGCCAGAAAGACCGAAUGUUCUAUUUUCAACAUUUCUCCCCUACAAAAGAAUAGACAAAUUAUACUGAAGCAUGAUAUAAACAUCUUCCCAAUGAACAAUUUGUCUCACUUGUCAGAUUAACUAGGUUAGUGCAGGAAGCAACAUGAGCGCCAAGAUGUGUUGUCUGAUUUCUCUACCUUAAGAACAAUAAUAGUCUUUUUAGUUAGUAUUUUGGAUGGCCAGGUUUCAAACCUGUAUGUGGUACAAAUAAUUUGGGUAAUAUUUUCGUAUUUUUGUUUUACACACUGUCUAAUCUCAAUUAUCCUUUGCUGGGAGAAUGACAGGUUUCACUUAUACAGGAAGGUUUUUGCACAGGAAAUUUGGUCCCAGCCGUUGGAAGGAAGAAGUUCCUUGGUUUACUUAGUGAAUGGAGUUUCUGGCCACAGAUAUGCCAAGUGAUUCAAGAAAGAUAUACCUCAAUAUCAAGUGAUAAUUUAUUUUCCUACAGACUGAAUUUGCUUUAUUUGAAAGAUGUUGUAACUCUUUUUAAAGUUAGAUUUUACCCUGAGGUAUAGUGUAUGUAAUUUUGUGAAGAUUGAGGUAGAAGGGAAGUUCACAAUCCUCACAUUUAAAAAAAUAUAGUGGGUGCUAAGUGUUUUCUUAAAAAUCUAUUACAGCAUUUGAUCUUUGUUAUGCACAGCACACUUUUAUUUUACAGAAUAAAUUUUCCUGUGAUAGUCACAACAA